GAAGAACAACAAAAACAAACACGGAGGGGUUCCGGGGGGACGUUCCGAUCAACAUUUUCUCUCUCCGGUGGGAAGAAAGCAUGUGAUCUGAUGUGUUGUUGAAAACAAGCUUUCCUUUUGGUCUCUGCCACAUCAGAGGACUGAUACAAUGGAGUCCUCUGAUGAAGACGAGAUGCACACCUUCGUCCAAGUCAUCAGUGAGAAGUACAACCCCGAGAAUUUCCCCUAUGGCCAAGGAGUGGUGGUCCUACCCAGCCCUCCUGGAUCCCCAGUAAAAGUGGAGCGCCUCUUCUUGCCCAGCAUCCUGGUCCUGAACGACUGCGGGAUCAAAAAAGCUGGCGAAAAGUCGGACAUCGCAGCUUUCUGUGCCCAUGUGGUGGAGCUGGACCUUUCCUACAAUCAACUUAACGACUGGGUGGAGAUCUCCACCAUCGUUUCCAACAUCCCCCACCUGGACUUCCUGAACCUGAGCAUGAACCCUCUGACCGGCGUAGAGCUGGAGCCCAGCAUGGCCGACGUUUUCUCUCGAGUGCGACGACUCGUCCUCAACAAUACGCACGUCAGCUGGGACACCGUGCACACGCUCACACGACACACGCCGGAGCUGGAGGAGCUUUUCCUGUGCCUGAAUGACUACAACACUGUGUCAGACACCGAGACGUCCUGCCCGUCGCUACGCCUGCUGCAGAUCACAGACAACCAGCUGCAGGAAUGGGCAGAAGUGAGGAAGUUUGGGGUGAUGUAUCCCAGUCUGAGCACACUGGUCCUGGCCAAUAACAGCGUGGCCUGUGUGAGCGACACUCAGGAAACACUGCAGCGCCUCUUCCCCAACCUAUGCAGCAUCAACCUCAACAACUCAGGGCUUAGUAAGUGGGAGGACAUUCAAAGGCUGAAUUUUAUCCCUAAGCUGAAGGAAGUCAAAGCGAAGGGGAUUCCUUUAUUGCAGCCUUACACCACCCACGAGAGACGUAGCCUCCUUUUAGCACAGCUGCCGUCUGUGGUGGUGCUGAAUGGGGGCGCGGUGUCUCAUGGAGAGAGAGAGGAUGCUGAGAGGUUCUUCAUCAGGUACUACCAGGACUGUCCAGAACAGGAGCUUCCUGAGAGGUAUCACAUCCUUGUAUCCAAGUAUGGUCAGCUGGCCCCGCUUGCAGAGGUGGACCUGCGACCCCGCUCCACCAUGGUGGAUGUUCGCUGGGGUGAGAGGGUUGAGGCGGUCAGCCUGCGUCUGGAGCAGACGGUGGGAGACCUGAAGAAACACCUCAAAACUCUGCUGCAGCUGCCCACCAACGGAAUCAGGCUCUUUUACAUCAACCGGGAGAUGUGUUCAGUACUUGGACCUGAGGAGUUGAGGUGCGGCUGCCGGGCCCUCCACUCCUACAGAAUUCGAGAUGGGGAUGAGAUACUAGUGGUGCCCAAAGUCAAAAGCCGCUGCAGCUCCUCAGGGGGGUCAGGGGGCUCUGUGGUUUUUGAUUGAUGGGACUUCAGGAAUUUUAGAUAAUGAACACUUACUGGAUACUAAACUUUGACUUGAGCCUCUUUUUUUUUUUUUGAGUAAAAUAAGGUAUAUUGCAGCCUUGAAUGUAAAGAUGUUUGCUGUCCACCAUAUAGAUCAAAUAUAUACAAUAUUCUAUUUGCACAUAGUUGUUCCACAUUUACAAAGAUUUAUCUAAAGUAUUCCAGUCGCACAUUUUUGUGAUUGAGUUGCUUUUAGCUGAGACUACAGUUUACAUCUCAUUUCUGAAAAGUUUUAUAUAAACAAACACGGUGCGAAUAGUCUCUCAAAAGAGGAAAAAAAAAAGCUGCCAUCAUUUCCAGUCGAAAAUGCAUAAAUUGCACAUUCAUUUUAGAGCUAAAACCACUUUUUAAUUAGAGUAUUUUGUCUGAUUAGAUCUGAGAUUAGGUCUGAGAUUGUAGGACUUGCUUGCCUGACUUGCUGGUGACACUGCUGCACCAUGCAUAAAGAAUAAGGUAAUGUAUUAGUAUUUAUAUUCAGGUGAAAAUUGGGUGAAAGGAAAACACAAACCUUCGGAUGGAAAUUGGGUUUAAAAUCCACGAGCAUCUGUGUUUUUACAUUCUGUAGUUUCAAUUGCGUUUUCUUAGUGACUUGCUGGCUUUGCUGCAGCAUAAUCAGCAGCUCUUAUAUGUUCUUUGAGACCCGUUAACAGCAAACUGUGAAUGGUGUUCUCUGGCAGCAGUGAAGAGUUCAAUGUUUAAUGUCUGUGACUAUGCAAUUUGGGUGAAAGUUUAUGGGUGUUGGUACUGCCAAGUGUUUGCAUUGCAAAAAAAGAAA